AUGACGGAGCCUGAGACGAGAUAUCCAACACUCGAAAAGAUGGCCCUAGCUGUCGUCACCUCGGCAAGAAAACUGCGACCUUACUUCCAGUCGCACACGAUCGAAGUACUGUCCAACCAACCACUCAGAACGGUUAUGCAAAAUACUAACCAAUCGGGGCGGUUGACCAAAUGGGCGAUGGAGCUGAGCGAACAUGACAUCGUAUACAAGAAUCGCACAGCAGCAAAGUCACAAGUCCUUGCCGACUUCUUGAUCGAGUUGACGCCAGAGCUGGAACAAGACCUCAUCCUACCAAGCGUAAACUGGAUCCUCCACGUCGACGGUUCAUCCACGAGUAAAGGAUCAGGAGCAGGAGUGCAAUUGCAAUCACCAACAGGAGAACUCAUCCGACAGUCAUUCAGUUUCGGUUUCGCGGCAUCAAACAACGAAGCUGAGUACGAAUCCCUCAUCGCGGGACUCCGUCUCGCCAAAGCGGUGAAAGCCAAACGAAUCAGCGCUUACUGCGACUCUCAACUCGUCGUAAGCCAGUACCUCGGUGAUUACGACGUCCGCAACGACAGGAUGGACGCCUACCUCAAACUCGUUCCUCGCGGAGAAAAUGUUUGUGCCGACGCCCUCGCCGCUCUGGGAAGCAAGCUACAUGACCAGGUCAAAAGGACAAUCCCGAUCCAUAAAAUCGAGAAACCAAGCAUCGAUACAAAGGCAGAACAGGCCGCGAUUAUAGCAGCGAUCAACGACGCGAUGGACAUUGACGAAGUGGAAUCCCCCUCGCCUGAUGAUCACUCAACGGAUUGGCGUAAGGAACUCAUUGAUUACCUCGCGGAAGGUUUACUGCCCGUCGAAAAAUGGGAUGCCCGGCGACUGAAACGACGCAGCACGCACUACGUCGUCAUGGACGGAGAACUACACCGAUGGACUGCAACAAAGGUACUACUCAAGUGUAUCGCCGGCGAAGAAACGAGACUCGUCAUGGCCGAAACACACGAAGGAGCAGCAGGCAACCACUCGGGCGGGCGAGCUCUCGCACUAAAAGUUAAAAACCUCGGAUUCUACUGGCCAACCAUGAACGCCGACUGCAAGACAUACGCGCGCAAAUGUGAUAAGUGCCAGCGUCACGCCAAAACCAUACACAGCCCAACGGAGUUUCUCCACACCUUGACUGCUCCAUACCCAUUUAUGAGGUGGGGAAUGGACAUCAUUGGUCCGAUGCCAGCAUCCCGACAAAAGAAGUUCAUCCUGGUCCUCACCGAUUACUUCACCAAAUGGGUUGAAGCCGAAGCCUACGCCAGCAUAACCGACAAGGAGGUACAAAACUUCGUCUGGAAGAACAUAAUCUGCCGACACGGGCUCCCAUACGAGAUAAUCACGGACAAUGGUUCGCAAUUCAUCUCGCAUCACUUCAAAGGCUUCUGCGACAGAUGGCGCAUUCGACUCAACAUGUCGACACCGAGAAACCCGCAAAGUAAUGGUCAAGCCGAAUCGACGAACAAGACCAUCAUAGACGGUCUGAAGAAACGACUCGACUUAAAGAAAGGUUGCUGGGCAGACGAACUCGAUGGUGUCCUGUGGUCUCAUAGAACCACUCCUCACGGAGCGACGAAGACUACACCCUUCUCAAUGGCCUACGGCAUCGAGGCAAUGGCUCCUGCAGAAGCGAACGUGACGAGUCUACGCCGGUUAUGA